GCUUUCAUUAAGAUAGAAAAAACUUUACGGAAUGAAAUUUAUCUCGAGUGGAGGAGACGGCUAUUUGAAAACAGGAGAAAACGAAUAACAAUUCUCGAAGGCCGCAGCAGGAGUGUCUUUUUAAAGAGUGUGUUAUUGUUCGAUGGUGUGAGAGCGCGCGCUGUCAUGCAGGAGUAAACUGCGCGCGGUCCGUCCACGCGCGUCAACUGGAUUUCUACUACUAGAUUUGAUGUGUUCCCCUUAACAGCGACGUGCAGUACAUGACAGGAAUGAGAGGAGACAGCGAUCAUGCCAUUAAAGCCACUUGGGUCCUCCAACUUUUCUGCAUGUCUCUCCUGACUUCAUUUGGGAAAGGAGAAGAUGGCUCUUGCCAUGGAGCCUUUGAUUUAUAUUUUGUGUUGGAUCGGUCAGGCAGUGUGUCUGACAACUGGCUGGAGAUCUAUACAUUUGUGGAACAACUUACUGAUCGUUUUGUGAGCCCGAAAAUGAGGGUGUCCUUCAUAGUGUUUUCCUCUAGUGCAGAAGUCGUGUUACCUCUGACUGGAGACAGGGCAGCUAUUGAUAAUGGUCUGCAGAAGUUGAGCGAGAUCAGACCUGCUGGUGAAACCUACAUGCAUGAGGGCUUAAAAAAGGUAUUAGAACAAAUGACUACCCAGGGAGGAAGAGCAUCUAGCAUCAUCAUUGCACUGACUGAUGGGAAGCUGGAGGUCUUUCCGCAUGACCUCGCUGUGAAAGAGGCGGAUCAGGCGAGGCAGUUUGGUGCUCGGGUUUAUUGUGUUGGCGUGAAGGACUUUGAUGCAAACCAACUUGUAGAUAUUGCAGACAGCAAAGAUCAAGUGUUUCCUGUUGUGGAUGGAUUUCAUGCCCUCAAAAACAUCGUAAACUCGAUUUUAAAGAAAUCCUGCGUCGAAAUUUUUAACCUCGAGCCCUCCAGCAUUUGCGUGAAUGAAUCGUUCAACAUAGUUUUGAGAGGAAGGGGCUUCACGCAGGGAAGAACGUCAGAGGGUGUGGUCUGCACAUUAUCGGUCAAUCAACAGGAUCCUUACAAUGAGAGGCCGGGUAUAGUGAAGGAUAAUUACGUGCUGUGUCCAGCUCCAGUGUUGACCGAGGUCGGACACUCAAUCGAUGUGCUCAUUAGUCUGAAUAAUGGCCAGUCUUUCAUUUCAAGUCCAAUCACAAUAUACGCCAACACAUGUUCUGACGGGAUAGUGAUUGUCAUUGUGAUCCUGGUGCUGCUGGUUCUGCUGGGUUUAAUUGUGUUCUGGUGGUUCUGGCCUCUCUGCUGCACUGUGGUAAUCAGGGAUCCACCCCCAUCUCGCCCUCCGCCUCCACGUCCAAUACCUGAGCCUGAGGUGGACCCUCUGCCGAAGAAGAAAUGGCCCACAGUGGAUGCGUCUUAUUAUGGUGGCAGAGGGCCUGGUGGUAUUACACGCAUGGAGGUUCGCUGGGGUGAAAAGGGCUCUACAGAGGAAGGGGCUCGGUUAGCCAAAGCCAAAAAUGCUGUGGUCAAAAUGCCAGAGGAGGAGUUUGAAGAGCCUGUAAUAAGACCCCCACCCAGACCACCACCGAUAUAUCAGGCCCCAGUCCCAGACAAAUGGUACACUCCCAUUAAAAGUCGUUUUGAUGCUGUGUUAGCAUUGCUGCGUAGACAAUACGACAGAGUUGCCAUCAUGAGACCUACAGCAAAUGACAAGGGGCGCUGCAUCAAAUUCACCCGCGUUCACAGUUCACAGAGUCAUUGACCAAACACAAUGUGUCCUUUACUUUAAAGUGAGUUUUGAUCAAUUUUAAGAGACUACUUGGAAAGACCUUUUGAAUAUAGGGUUCAAAUGUCACUUUUCAGGCACGUUCAGACAAGAAGGAUUGGGGAAUUCACCCCCGUAUGGAUACAGGGUGCACUGCAAAGGUGUACUUCUGAAUCAAAACUAUCAGAUUUUAAUUCUUACAUGUAUAAAUCUAUCCUGCUGAUUUUUCUGCAUGUGCUUUUAUAACAAUUCUUUUUUUUAUUUAUAUUCUAGGUACAAAUCAAUAUGGUGCCUUCUUGUGAGUGUAUUAUGAAGGGGUUUGUAAAGGAGAGAAAAUGUAAAUUAUUAUUUUUCAAUAUUAGUAGUAAAGAUGUUAAUUUUCCAGUUAAUCGGUAAACAUUUUUAUUUAAUUAUUUGUUCUUAUUUUUUAUUUAUAAUUCGAUUUAAUCAAUAGAUUACAUGUGUGAUAUGAUUUGAUAAUGAUGUAAAUGGCAUUUAAAAUGCAUUAAAAUAAAUAAUAAUACAGUUCACUUGUGAGAGUGUGAUUUAUGAUGUAAUAAAUGAUUUAUGAUGAAAUGUUAAAGCCUGUAAUACCUUUCAAAUAAAAUGUAAAAUUGU